CGAAGUAUUUAUUAAAAAACUUUUUCAUUGAAGCGGCAUUGAAUACAACCAUGGUAUGUUUUAGUCCUACCUGAAUGUGGAUUUAGGAUAAGCCAUCAAAAUCGAAGGGCGGCUGAAGCGAACGCGUGGAUCCGGUUCGUCUAUCCGUUCCUUUGCAUUAAAUCUCCUCCUCCUUGCUCUGGAAAUCAGUCAAUCCUCCUCCUACAUGACGUCAGCGAUGGCUUUCUCUGCAGUUUUCUCAGCACCCAUGACCUUUGGCUCCUUCACAUCUGCCAAGCUCAACUCAGUCUCCAGUUUCCCUCCGUCAGUUGCGUUUCUUUCUUCAAAAUCGUCCUUUUUCCGUAACGCGCCUUUUCUCCAAUCCUCCGUAUUCUCUGCCCCUCUUUUCAAGUCCAGACUCUCCGCAAAUAUAUGCUCCAGAGCUGCCACUGAGAAGUCCGUUCAUGAUUUUACCGUCAAGGACAGUGAUGGGAAAGGCGUUUCACUAAGUAAAUAUAAGGGAAAGGUUCUCUUGAUUGUAAAUGUUGCUUCAAAAUGUGGUUUAACAAAUUCUAACUACUCCGAACUAUCUCAUCUAUAUGAAAAGUACAAAUCUCAAGGAUUCGAAAUUCUUGCUUUUCCUUGUAAUCAGUUUGGUGGGCAAGAGCCAGGAUCUAAUGAGGAAAUAAAGCAGUUUGCUUGCACCAGGUUUAAAGCUGAAUUUCCAAUUUUUGACAAGGUUGAUGUAAAUGGGUCAAACACAGCACCAGUUUACCAAUUUCUGAAAGCAAGCGCUGGAGGAUUCUUAGGUGGUCUGAUCAAAUGGAACUUUGAGAAGUUCCUUGUGGACAAAAAUGGGAAAGUAGUGGAAAGAUAUGCACCAACAACUUCUCCUUUUCAAAUAGAGAAGGAUAUCCAGAAACUCUUGGUUGUAUAGCUUCUAAGCUGUGAACACAAGUCCCGAGGGUUCCAGACAAAAAAAAUCCAAGUGACAAAAUGGAAGAGAAGCAGCAUGGACAUCCGUCGUGCCAAGUGAUACGUAUCAGAAGUAAAGCUUUGAAAGUGGCUGAUGCAAUGUAUACAAGCUGUGUGUGUGGGUGUGUAUUUUUGUAUGUGUUUUCAGUUAGGGAAAUAUAAAUGGAAUGUGUGAACAUUGAGGUAUUAUAAGAGCUUUAGAUAAUGAAGCAUUACAUUUAUUUACUGCAUUAGAAUAACAUGUCUUUGCUUGCUUGCCCUAGAUGUUUUGUUAGUGUCAUACUGUCAUUAGAAAAUUCUUCCCACUUUGAUUUGGC